AGAUCAAUUUAACUAGAAUGGCUUCCCGAUUCUUCACCGUCGGUAGCGUGCUGCUGCUGCUGGCCACGGUGGCCACCGCUCAGCUAUCCUUCCGCAACGAUCCUUCGCAGAAUAGCUUCCAGAUCCGAACGCCCGGAUUCCAGCAAUCCUUCACCCGUUACUUCAACGGUCAGCAAGGAAGUCUGUUUGCCGCCCAGCAGCAGAAUCCGAACAGCCAGCCACAGUAUGCCCCACUGCCACAUCAGCAGCAACAAGCCAAUUCGGCCUACUCCUACCACGGACAGCAAUACCAGCAGCAGCAGCAGCAACAACAACAACAACAAGCUCAGCAACCCUACAGCAGAUUCACGUCGCAGUUUGGAGCCGCAUCCGCCGCCAAUGGAGAACCACAGUACACUACGGUUCAGGAUAACUACAUCAACCCAAACAUUCGGCAAGCCAUCCAGCAGCAGCGUUUGUUGCAGCAACAGCAACAACAGCAGCAGCAGUAUCAACCUCAGGCCCAACAGCAGCCACAACAGCAACAACAAGAACAACCGCAGCAACAGUACUACUCUCAGGAAGACAUCACAGCUUACCUGCAAAGCCAACAGGCCGCCCAAGCCCAGUACUACGCCCAGCAGCAACCGCAAGCCAAUCCCCAGUCCCAGUACGAGUACGUCCAGCAGCAACAGCAGCAGCAGCAACAGCAACAGCAACAGUAUGAUGCCACCCAACAACAACACCAACAGCAACAAUCGCAGCAGCAGGAUCCAUCGGCCGAUACCGCUCAGGCCACCCACAACAAGCUGAUCGGAGUCGCCUUCUCGCCCUCGAACGAGGUGUCCCAGGUCAAGUUCAACGGCAACGGGCUCAAAUACAACUUCUGAAGCAUACUGGCAGCCCUGGCCGUGAACUGUUUCUGUCUAUUGCUGUUCAACUUCUACGUGCGGAGGAGUUCGGAGCGGAAGGUUUGCGCUGUAUGAACGUGCUGUAAUUUAUUAAAUCUAGGAAGGGAAAAAGUUUUGUUUCUGUUUACAUUUAAUCGAAAAAUCAACCACCUACGGAGAUGGAUAGAAUCACGGAGAGACUGAUG